AUGAACGCCACAGGUCAAGCUCUCCCCGUCUCAAGACUGGUCAAUCUGAAACUCCUCUACACUUUUGAUGACAAAAAUACAUUCUUAGCAAGAUCGUCUAAUCCUUUGUUGGCGAAAAUAAUAUCCUUGCCGUCUCAACCUCCGCAUAAUGGUGCCCAAGUGGGGGUCAUUGGAUUGAGAGAUUGUCUCGACCUAUUGCAAUUGGUAUCACCAGAAUGGUUUCAAAAAGGUAUGGAUUAUUCUAUUUAUUUCAAAGAUAUAGUCGAAGUCGGAGAACCUUACGUAGGCACCGGUUUGUGCUCUAGGAUUCUCUCGAGUAAGAAUUCCGACAUUAUGAUCACGGGAAGAUUAUCUACGGGGGUCAUCAACAUAUACCAAUCAAAUACUACUUCGGAUACUUUGGAUAUCCGCCUAAGGUUGUCUCCAAUAUGUUCCAUUUCUUCGGUUUUACCUUCUAAUAAGAGGAAACUCGAUUCCAUCUCAGACCAGGUAUCGAGUCAAUCUUUUAGUACUUGUAACAAUUCAAAUACGCAUCAGCCCCGACAACUGCCACAACAGCAACCACAGCAACAGCAACAGCAACAGCAAACGAGGAAGAAGGUCAAAAGACAAACUGCAAAUUCAAAAUCCUCCAAUAAGUCUAAGCCCGAAUUGGCAUUUCGUACUCAAUCGCUUCCAUUUAUAACUCCAGAUUCUCUUGCACACAGAAUACGUAUUGCAGAUUCAAUGAUUUCAACGAGGGUUGAUGAAGAGAUCGAUGCUAAUGGGGAACCAAUAUCUUCCAGAUUCUCCAACUUUAGAAAGAUAGAUGCAAACAAUAUGGAUAAUCAACCAACAAAGGCUAGAAAAAGUACAAGUUUUAUUGAAUCAGUCGUUAAAAUUGGUGAUAACGCAGUUGUCAAAUCCAAGAAAUCCAAUUUGAAAAACUUACCAACGCAUGAAUGUAUCAAUUGCUCAAUAACUUCAAAUCCGCCAUAUAAGUUCUAUAAAGAAGGUAUCUUCCAGUUGGGAAAUGCUGGUUAUUUAUGUUGUUCCUGCAACAAAUACCAUAUGAAAAAUGAUGUCAAAGCAUUACGUGAAAGAGGCGAAUUGGGUGUAAAAGGUUUGUUGGAUGGACCAUACUCCAAGUCAACGUCAAACAACUCCAACAUUGGGCGAAAGAAGAGGUCCAGUAACCUCAAUUCAUCAUCAUCUGCAUUGAUGGAACAUUCGAGUAGUUCUCCUAUAUUUCUGACAUCUUCUCCAAUGACCCUACAAAAUAGAUGUACUAACAGUUAUAAAUCAAAGAAACAGAACACCACCUCUCAUGUGAAUAAAACGAAAACAAUCCAAGAAGUUAAUACUUUACCGGGUGAUUUCAUGGAUAUUUUGAAAUAUGGAAACGCACUUCCUAAUCAAAAUCAGAGUCAAAAUCAAAGACAAAGGCAAGGUCAAAGUCAAAGUCAAAGUCAAAUUCAAGUUCAAAUUUGUGGGUCUAACUUGCCAAGCGAUCAGAAUCACAUUGAGAAAUUGUUUAAGGUCCCUGGGAAUAUCCAACUUGGUGUUGCCUCAUCAAAGGGGCAAUCAAAGAACAAUACGCCAAAUGAUGAGCUUUACAAAGACUUUGAUAAUAUACCAGUCGACGCCACCAAGUUGAAUACAACGUUAAUUCCACUUGAUGAUGACGAGAAGGAGAGCUUUCUUUCAUCUAAUUUUAAUAAUGAUAUUCAAGUGCCACACCCCCAACAACCUAAUAAUGGGAAUAUUAAUAAUACGUUUUUUAACUCACCUAGCAUUCAACGUAUUAUUGAAUCGUUUUCUAACGAACCUAGCUCGCCAACUAAAAGUAAUGCAGAGCAUUGGGACUACAAUUUCUUUGAACAAAAUACAUCACAGUAUGGGGUCAUCAACAACGAUAACACAGAAUGCGAUGAUCCAGAAAUCAACAGAAUUUUGAGUGCUACUAAUAUUGAAAAAUACGAAAUCACCCCAAGGGAUCCAGGUACCUCCAAUACACAGCAAAACGGGGAUGAAACAAGCUGCAGGUCUCAUGGUAGCACACCAGCUUCGGAGAGUACCAACUAUGUCGCCAAGAAGACAGACACGGCUACAGAUUCCUUGACUAAUAAUAAUGAACACUUAUUAGGUGGUAACUCCAAGGAAGCUAUUCAUCCAGAGAAUAAGAAUAUGCCAAGCUCUCCCUUCUUCAGCUUUCAGGCUGACGAUGUUGAUCGCACCACUAAGAGUUUUGAUUCUAACACUUUGAUGAACUGGGAUACUAAGUCCUCCCCAAUCACUGAUCAGCUUACCUCCUGUGAUCCCAAAUAA